GAAUACAUGCAAUAAUCACAAAAUAAUAUUCCCAUUUCUCCUCUCUUCAUCACUGCUUCUUGUUGUUCUCCAUCUUCCGCCAUGGAAAUGAGCUUUAGGAUCACUGUGUUCUUCCUCUUCCUUCUGCUUACCCCUUCAUUAUGUUGUUGUUCUUCAAAUGAAGGUGGAUCUGAAAAUGGUGGCAUGGGUUCUUCGUCAGAGGUUUAUGAAAUAGACUACAGAGGACCAGAGACUCACUCCUCUCAUAUUUCUCCUCCCCAUCCCUCCCAUGGAAGGCCAUGGAUUGUUCAUCAUCACCAUCCUCUCCACCCUCCUCCAUACCCACUCAAGGGAAGCAAGGUGGGUGCAUAAUUGAAGAUUUGGAAGCAUUUAUUUCAACGUUUACAAAUAAAAUCAGAUUUAGUGAACUUCAGAUAUAAAUUUCAUCAUCUUUUUCAAGUAUAGUUCUGUACAGAACAUGACUGCAUCAAUCUUUUGUGUGUAUGUUUGGGGUUUGUGCAUUUUUAAUUAUACACAACAUUAUUAUUAUUAUUA